AUGGCUAAUAUAUCUCCCCCUCCAAGCGCUACCGUAUAUGUCCGCAACCUGGAAGAACAUAUUAAGGUCGAUCAACUGAAAGAAGCGCUCACGGAGCUGUUCUCGGAAUAUGGCGAAAUUAUAGAUAUCGUUGCGAAGACAAAUUUAAAAGCAAAGGGCCAGGCUUUCGUCGUAUUUGACACUGUCGAAUCUGCCCAAAAGGCUAUCGAUGAAGUCCAAGGCUUCGAGCUUUUUGAAAAACCCAUGCAGCUCGCGUUUGCAAAAACUAGGAGUGAUGCCACGGUUAAGAGGACCGGCGACGAAGAAGAAUACGAAUCUCACAAGAGGAAGCGCCUCGCAGAGAAGGAUAAGAAGAAGUCCGCGGAGGCCGCCGAAGAAGCCAAGAAGCUGAAGAUUGCAGUGGCAGCUGCUGGAAAUGCUGCAGAUAUGACUUCUCGACCUAUCAAAGCAACAAGAGGCGCUGGCUUACGUUCCUCAAAUGCGGCCACCAGUGUAGUGGUUCCGGAUGAAUAUCUUCCUCCGAACAAGAUCCUCUUCGUACAGAAUGUCCCCGAUGAGUACGAUAUUGAUGCUUUAACCAGCAUCUUUGGAAGGUUCGAAGGAUUUCGGGAAGUUCGCUUGGUCCCAGGUCGCCGUGGUAUCGCUUUCGUCGAAUAUGAGGCCGAGGCUGGUGCUAUAAGUGCGAAGGAAAACACAGCAGGUGUGGCCCUGGGGGAAGCUGGCCAGGCAAUAAAGGUCACUUAUCAGAGGCAGUGA